AUGGCGACCGCGACCCCCGUGCCGCCGCGGUCGGGCAGCCGCGCCAGCGCCCCCGCUACGCCGCUGAGCCCCACGCGGCUGUCGCGGCUGCAGGAGAAGGAGGAGCUGCGCGAGCUCAACGACCGGCUGGCCGUGUACAUCGACAAGGUGCGCAGCCUGGAGACGGAGAACAGCGCGCUGCAGCUGCAGGUGACGGAGCGUGAGGAGGUGCGCGGCCGCGAGCUCACCGGCCUCAAGGCGCUGUACGAGACCGAGCUGGCCGACGCGCGACGCGCACUCGACGACACGGCCCGCGAGCGCGCCAAGCUGCAGAUCGAGCUGGGCAAGUUCAAAGCCGAGCACGACCAGCUGGUCCUCAAUUAUGCUAAGAAAGAAUCAGAUCUUAAUGGGGCCCAGAUGAAGCUUCGAGAAUAUGAAGCCGCACUGAAUUCUAAAGAUGCAGCUCUGGCCACUGCCCUUGGUGACAAAAAAAGUUUAGAGGGAGAUUUGGAGGAUCUGAAGGAUCAGAUUGCCCAGUUGGAAGCCUCCUUAGCUGCUGCCAAAAAACAGUUAGCAGACGAAACUUUACUUAAAGUGGAUUUAGAGAAUCGCUGUCAGAGCCUUACCGAGGACCUGGAGUUCCGUAAAAACAUGUAUGAGGAGGUUGUUGGUAUGAAGAAUCAGUUCAUCGUAGGCUUCUCCAUGGGGCUGCUCAUGCUGGAGAACGCCAGGCUGUCAUCAGAGAUGAAUACUUCUACUGUCAACAGUGCCCGGGAAGAACUGAUGGAAAGUCGUAUGAGAAUUGAGAGCCUUUCAUCUCAGCUUUCGAAUCUACAGAAGGAGUCUAGAGCAUGUUUGGAGAGGAUUCAGGAGCUGGAGGACUUGCUUGCAAAAGAAAGAGACAACUCUCGGCGCAUGCUGUCUGACAAAGAGCGGGAGAUGGCAGAAAUAAGGGAUCAGAUGCAGCAACAGCUGAACGAUUAUGAACAACUUCUCGAUGUAAAGUUAGCCCUGGACAUGGAAAUCAGUGCGUACAGGAAGCUCCUAGAGGGCGAAGAGGAGAGAUUGAAACUCUCUCCAAGCCCUUCUUCUCGUGUGACAGUAUCCCGAGCAUCCUCGAGUCGGAGCGUGCGCACAACUAGAGGGAAACGGAAGAGAGUCGAUGUGGAAGAGUCAGAGGCGAGCAGUAGCGUCAGCAUUUCCCACUCGGCCUCAGCCACCGGGAACGUCUGCAUCGAAGAGAUAGAUGUUGAUGGGAAAUUUAUCCGCCUGAAGAACACUUCCGAACAGGAUCAGCCAAUGGGAGGCUGGGAAAUGAUCAGAAAAAUUGGAGACACAUCAGUCAGCUACAAAUAUACCUCAAGAUAUGUGCUGAAGGCAGGCCAGACUGUUACAAUCUGGGCUGCGAAUGCUGGUGUUACAGCCAGUCCUCCCACCGACCUCAUCUGGAAGAACCAGAACUCAUGGGGCACCGGUGAAGAUGUGAAGGUUAUACUGAAAAAUUCUCAGGGAGAGGAGGUUGCUCAGAGAAGUACAGUCUUUAAAACCACCAUCCCCGAAGAGGAGGAGGAUGAGGAAGACGCACCUGAAGUGCUGGCAGAGGAAGAACUUUUCCACCAGCAGGGAACCACAAGAGCAUCCAAUAGAAGCUGUGCAAUUAUGUAAACUUCUCAAGUCAACGGUCUUCCUCAAAAUAAAGAAGUAUGGUAAUCCUUACCAACAUGCAGUGCAGAGCCUUCUCAGAAGCACAGAAUAUUUUUGUAUUUCCUUUAUGUGAAUUUUUAAGCUGCGAAUCUGAUGGCCUUAAUUUCCUUUUUUGACACUGAAAGUUUUGUAAAAGAAACCAUAUCCAUACACUUUGUUGCAAGAUGUGAAUUAUUGACACUGAACUAACUGUGUACUGUUUGGAAAGGGUUCCUCAAAUUUUUUGACAUUUUUUUGUAUGUGUGUUUUUUUAAGUUCUUACGAGAAGGGGACGGGAGGGUAAAUAAACCACUGUGUGUCUGGGUAUAAUCUGAAGAUUGCUCCAUCUAUAUUAGCAAUCUGCUCUUGAUUACUCUCUGCUAUAUAUAAUGGUGCUGUGAGGGGGGUCAUUUUUCAAUAUAUCAAACUUUUGUACUGAAUUUUUUUGUAAUAAACAAUCAAGGCUUCAAAAAUUUUUUUUAAUAGAAAAGAGAAAUUUUGUAAGAAGGCAAUAUUAACCUAAUCAUCAUGUAAGCACUCUUGGAUGAAGGAUUCCACAAAACUUUGUUUUAUGGUUACUUCUUCUCUUAGAUUCUGAAUUCAUGCGGGGAUGGGGGGGUGGGGAGGGAAGGGUUU